UCCUCCAGAGAUGCUGCCUGAGCCCCAGAGUUACACCAGCACUCUGUGUCCAUCUUCUGUACUUAAUGGUUGUGCUUGUGAUUGUUCCAGAUGACCAGAUCCUCUCUGAGCUUGGACACGCCAAUGGGCUUUACAGCGGAGUGAGCGAAGUGGCCGGUCGGCAGUUACUGAACGGGGCUUUCACCGUGGAUGGCAGCGGGCAGCAGUACCACGACCUGAGGGCCAGCAGCCCCUACGGAAUCCCGCAGUCUCCCUCAUCCAUCGCGUCCGCACCCGCACACACCCCGCUCAUGAACAGCCUGGGCUACCUUGACAGUAACUUGGGAAUCUUAGCACAAGGAGGACAGGGGAUGGGCCAUGCCUUGAGGAUGAUGACUGGAGGUCCCACGUCUGAUAUAUCCACAGGUAGCAGUGCCGGCUACCCGGACUUCCCCACCAGUCCCGCCUCGUGGCUCGACGACAUGGACCGCUUUUAACGCACCGCGCCGUGCCGUUAGCCCGAGACAUGACGACGGAGAUGCCUGGACGGUGGCCAGUGGCUUCAAUGACUGCAGAACUUUACGGCAGGCCAGCCAUGUAUGUGUUUACAGCUUUGGUUCCCUCACCCUCUGGCAGUGAAUCCAACAUGAAUUCAGCACAGCAUUUCACUGGCCAAAACCACUUAGU